AUGAAUAUUGAAGAAAUUUUGCCUGAAUUAUUUGGUGAAAAAAGAGUGUAUUACUGUCAGCGAUGUUUGAAUCACGGUUUAGAAGUAAGACGCAAAAAUCAUAAAUUAGAAUGCGUUUAUCGAUUCUGCACAUGCAAUGAUUGCCAGAUGGUGGAUAAACGAAGAGAACUUAACUCACGCUUGUUACAAAUCGAGAAUACAUCAUCACCAACACCACCUCCACCAUCGUCAUCUUCACCAUCAUCAGUAUCAUUAUCAUCACUAUCAUCAUCAUCAUCAUCAUCUUUUUCACAAAUAUUACCAAGUAAUGGAACUUCCACAGGAACAGCUCAACGAUUUCCAAAUAUUAGAUUGUUGCCUACAGUAUCAGAUCAAACCAUUUCAUCAAUAAGCAUUAAAGGAAAGGGUAGAUUACGUAAUUUUGUGAUAUUCUUAGAACGACGUCCAAAUUGUCAACGUUGUGCGCAACAUUCAGUCCUAGCUCGAUUGAAGGGACACAAGCGUUGCUGUCCAUUUCGAGAUUGUCCAUGUGCUAAAUGUCAGGUUGUUCAAGAACGACAAAAACUAAUGGCUGAUCAGAUUAAAUUAAGAAGACGACAGAAGAAACAAAAAAUUUUGGAUACAUUGCAUGACAAUAGCAAUUUGCGCAACCAUAAAAAUUAUUCAGAUCAAAUUGUAUUACUUAAUGGUUGCUUAAAAUGUGCUCAACAAGCUUUGGCUUAUCAACAACUUUUAACUUUCAUUGAUUCCAAAGCAACUCUCGAACCAUCCAUUAUCUCAGCUAUUCUUGCCGCAUGUCCUCAUAAUAAUAAUAAUAAUAAUAAUAAUAAUAAUAAUAAUAAUAUUGUCAAUAAUAGUAUAAUUAAUAAUAACAAUCAUAUUACUAAUACAAUCAAUACCAAUGAUAAUAAUGGUUAUGGUAAAAAUGAAUAA